AUGAUAGGCGUCACAAAAUAUUCGCCGGGAUUAUCCCGUCUUCGAAUGUCUUUUGCCGCUGACAUUGUUUCAGCCCUCAUUGGUCUAGCUCAUCGCUUCCCCAUACUUUUUGGACACUACAUGUCAGACACUAAAAGACAGAAGACAGCUGCCAUGAAGAUUUGCACUCAUUCUGGUGCUUUCCACGCCGACGAAUCCUUGGCCGUUUACCUUUUGCGCCUUUUACCGAAGUUUUCUGAUGCCCAGUUGGUUCGUUCCAGAAACCCAUCUGACUGGGAAGAAGCAGACAUCGUCGUGGAUGUGGGUGGAAAAUAUGAUAAUGGAGGAAAGUGGUACGACCACCAUCAAAGAGAGUUCAACGAGAACUUCUCAGCAGACUUCCACACUAAGCUUUCCUCGGCUGGAUUGAUCUACAAGCACUUUGGAAAGGAGAUCAUCAACGAGGUUCUUAAAUUGUCGAAUACCGCCGACGUCGACUUGCUCUACAUUAAAAUCUACAAGGAGUUCAUCGAGGCACUCGAUGCAAACGAUAAUGGUAUCAACAAUUACGCUUCUGAUGCCGAAAAGAAGUUUAAUGACCGUAACUUGACGCUCCCUUCUCUUGUCUCUCAAUUGAACCCACGUUGGAACACUAACCCUCAGGAUGCUGAUUAUGACAAGGCUUUUGAGGUUGCUAGUGAGUUGAUGGGCACAGCUUUUAUCAAUUUGUUGCGCGGUUAUGGCGAGGGCUGGUUGCCAGCUCGUGCUGUUGUUGAGAGUGCUUUUAAACAACGUUACGAUGUCCAUCCAUCUGGUGAGAUCAUUGUUCUUGAUUCUUUCUGCCCUUGGAAGGAGCACUUGUAUGCUAUUGAGAAGGAGCACGAUGCCCGUGGGGACAUCAAAUUUGUUCUUUUCGCAGACUCCAGCUCCAAGUGGCGUGUAUCCACUGUUUCUGUCACCUCCACCAGUUUCGAAUUCCGUUUGGGUCUUCCACUGCAAUGGAGAGGUCUCAGGGACGAGGCUUUAUCUGAGGCCUCUGGUAUCGAGGGAUGCAUUUUCAUUCAUGCUGCUGGUUUCAUUGGUGGCUGCAACACCAAAGAGGGCGUUUUGCAGCUCGCCAUCAAGUCGUUGGAGGCAGCCAAGGAAACCUAG